AUGGCCCCGGCCCUUCCCCUCUGCCGGCCGAGGCCGCCCCGGCCCCGGCCCCGUCCCCGGUUGUCCCGGCGCGGUCUCGCCCUCGCCCGGCUCCCGGCGCGCCGGCUGUGGCGCUGCUGGGCGCUCCUGUGGGGCUGGCUGUGGGACGGGCUCGGCCUCGCCGCCCCUUGGCUCCGCCUGGCUCGAGCCCGGCGCCUGCCGGGGCCGGCGGGGGACGCGGGCGCCGCGGCCGCUGCCGCCUCCUCGGCGGCUUCCCCGGCCAGAGCUCCGCCGCUCGCCAGCCUGGCCGCCGGCAGCGAGCCGCCGCUGCCCGCUGCGGCUGGGGAAGCCCGGCCCGGGCCGCUUGAGGGGCGCUCGGGGGCCGGGCCGGGCCCCGGCCCGAACGCUCCCGGCCACGUCUCGCCCGCACGGAAGGCCAAGGAGCCGCUGCACGAGCGCUACCGGCUGGAGUCGCUGCUGGGCAGCGGCGGCUUCGGCCGCGUCUACGCGGGGACCUGCCUGGCGGACGGAGCCCCGGUGGCCAUCAAAGCCGUGUCCCGGGAUGGCAUCCGGCAGUGGGGCGAGCUGCCUGACGGCACCCGGGCACCCCUGGAGAUCGUGUUGCUGAGCAAGGUGUCCACUGGGUUUCCUGGUAUCAUCCAGUUCCUGGAGUGGUUCGAGCUCCCCAACGGAUUCUUGAUGGUUAUGGAGCAUCCGGAGCCGUCUCAGGACCUCUCACGCUUAAUCACGGCGUGGGGGUUCCUGCCGGAGGAGAUGGCGUGGGGGCUGUUCUGCCAGGUGCUGCAGGCCGUGCGGCACUGCACCAGCUGCGGCGUCCUGCACCGGGAUAUCAAGCCCCAGAACAUCCUCCUCCACCUGGCCACCGGCGAGGCCAAGCUCCUCGACUUUGGAUGUGGCACCUUCCUCCAGGACACGGCCUACACCCAGUUUGCAGGAACACUGUCAUACAGCCCGCCAGAGUGGAUCUACCUCAAACGAUACCACGGCGAGGCGGCAACGAUCUGGUCCCUGGGCAUCCUGCUCUACCAGAUGGUCUGCGGGAAGCACCCGUUCUGCAAAGGAACCAACAGCAUCUGGGACCAGCUCCUGUUCCCACCAUGGGUCUCUCAAGGCUGCCAGCACCUGAUCAGGUGGUGUUUGUCCCUCCGCCCCUCGGACAGACCAUCAUUAGAAGACCUCUUGUGCCAUCCUUGGGUGAAGGGCAUUCACCGGCCCUAGAAGACGGGAGAGAUCCACGCGCUCACUUUGAUCCAGGAGCCUGGCAAACAGCUGGGGCCCUCGGCAGAACGCUGACAGCCUGGUCUGGCCCCCAGGGAAGGAGAAGGGGCCUCUGGAGAAGCUGUGCCGGGUGGGCCUGCUGCUGGAGACAUCGAGGAUGACGUCAAGGAUGACAAGCUCUUAGUUGAGCUGGACACUGGGGAGCUGAAGAUGAUGGACGCUGAUUGUGGCCCCUUCCUCCAAGACGUGCUCCCCACGCCGUUUGCAGAUGAGUCCACACCCAGGGGGUGCUCCCGGAGGCGGGCAUUGCUCAGCCUGGCUGGGCACCGAAGGUUCCCCCCUUUGCUGGGCGGGGCUGGGGCAGGGGCAGCCAGCCUGCCAAAAACAAACCCCCGUGGGGGGAGCAAAGGCGGGGCUGCACAACACCAGCUGCUUUGCUCUGCAGGCCAGGAAAGGCUUGGGCUGCCUUGGCUUAGGAGCCUUUCUUUGGGCCAAUGCAGCAGGGCAGGGAGAAGGCCUGGGUUUUCCUGAGCUGGAGGAGGUGGGGUUUUUCUUUGGCCUGGAGGGGUUGGGCCUUCCCCAGAACCCUGACACAAUGUUAACUUUUUACCUUUUUUUCUUGUUUCCACUUUUGGUUUGUAAUCUCUUGUCAUGAAUUUGUUGUUUGUUUUCAAGGGAAGAGUUGGAGCUGGUGCCCGGUCCGGGUUGGGAAGGGCUGGGACCAUCCCUGGAGUGGAUCUGACGUCCCCUCUGAGAAGGCUGAGGACAUCCUUUGGGACACGCUCUUCUUCCGGCAGCAGAUCUUGUGAGACAGGACACCUCUGCCUGAUCUCCCGCGGAUCCGAGGGAUCUCUGGAUCUUCACGCCAGCACCAGGACUUUGCUGCAGAAGAGCACAGAUCCCCAGCCCCGUCUGGGACACAGGUAAGAUCCCAUUGGAUAAUAAGGCCUUCUUUUUGGGAAUUCUGCCCAUGUCAAACAUAUGGAUCUUUCAGUGUAUUGGGUGGGUUCUUUGGUAUUUUGGGAAUCCUGCUCAUCUGAGACCUGUGGAUCUUCCAGCGCUUUGGGUGGGUUCUUUGGUAUUCUGGAAUUUGGUAUUUGGCUUUGUUUUAUGGAUCACUAUUGUUUUGUCCUUG